GUUUUUAAUUGAAACUUUCACUUGAACUUAAAGCACAAUGAAAGCCACACACACUCUUGGUCGAGGAGUUUCCUGUGAAUCGGGGAGUGCGCACAGAGAAUCCGAGCAGUACAGUACAUAGGAAAUGACUCAUAGGAGUUGAACUGUUAGCGUGGGUGUGUGCGCUAUUAAAACAAGGCGCAGACUCCUCCGGGUGACUCACUCUGAUGCUCGCUUUUCCAUGCUCAAGCCCCAGCACGGAUUGUUAAUCAGAUGAGCUUUCGGGAAUCGUGUGGCCGACAGCGAGCAGCUUUUCUCCCGCAGACAUCAUGGCUUCAAACGCUCUCUGUGCGCUCUGCGGACUUCUCAUAGCGGCGGUGACUCACUUCUACGGCGUGAGCGCACAGAAAAGUCAGUGUGGAAGUUCAGAGUUUUGGAACUCAGAUUUAGAUGUUUGUGUGUCUUGUUCAUCAUGCAAGCAGUACCCAAAGACCCCGUCAUGCAACACAUGUAAAUCUGUGGAUGAAACACCUGAUGUGUGGAAACUCGCAGCCAUCACCAGUUUCUCUGUGCUGGCAGUCGUGCUUGUCGGUGCUGCGUUUAUAAUCGGGCUCAUGGUGCAUCGACGCAAGUCACACAAACGACCUCUACGUGAACCCAUUGAAGAAACAGCGGGGCCACUUUAUCAAGCUUAAACAUUUCACCUCAUCUUCCUCUGAAAACAGAUGUGACAGAAGCCAUGAGCGACUUGUUCAGAGCCGCAUUGGAGGAGCUUCUGGACCAUGAACAGCGUGCUCUGACUCACUGCAGGAUGUCUCCUCACCAGAACCGGACCAGUUUUUAUUUAUUAGACUGUUUGUGUGUGAAGAGACGCGCUCGGUUCUCCAACGGAACCUCCAAUGAGUUACUCUCACACUUCUGUAGGAGUAGAAACAACAUCAUUAUUAGUGGUAUCAUUCUCAGAUUUUUGUGUGUGCCUUCAUGCUCCACUUAGAAGGGACUUCUUGAUGCAAAAAAAAACAAAACCUCACAGGGUUUACAGAUGGCUGGUUUCAAAACGACAGUCUUUUUUCUUCAUAGGGAUGGAUCCUUUCCAUCUAUUGUGCUGUUCUCCUGCAGGACUCCAGUGAAUGUAACACAGCUACUGCUGCCUGCUGGGCUGCAGUUUGAUCUCCUGCUAUUCAGCAGGGUUUAGACGGGGUCUCUCUGCCGGUCAGUUACAACAACAGCCUCUAAAAGAGAAGUCACAUCCAUGAGAGUAAGACGUACUGUUAGGCACAUUAAGGCCAUUUGAAUGUAGCUACCGUCACAGAAAUGUAUUCCAGCCUCAUGCCCUGCCAGUACCUCUGUGUACCUGUUGUUUUAGAGAGUAGCCUGUUCCCGUGAUGAAGCUGGAGCAAACUGUACUCAUCCACUGUUACGGUCUCCUCGGACCAUCUCUUGACUCUUUAGCAUUAUCAUCUUUGUGUUUUUAAUGUUACUAUGCUUUCUGAGAUGUCCACGUGUGUUUGUCAAUUAACACAAUCCCAGAAAUCAAAAAGGUUUCUGUCCACAGAGAGCUUGUAGGACAGGAUGUUUGAAACACUAGACACAAGUUCCCAAACGACUAACAUGUGGGAACGCUGCAAGGAAUGUACUGUAGUGAAGGAAGUGACACCUACAGUUUUUUAAGGUGGAGCCACACAAACAUGAUACUGACUCUGGAGUCAUUUCAGAGAGUCGAGAGAAACCUGGGGGUAGAGUUGUUGUUUUCUUUAACGUCUUUUAAAGCUCAAGCUGUUUUUUUUUUUUUUUUUUUAAAUGUUCAAUACAUGUUGCAGUGUGUGGUUCCUCAUAUUGUGUGUGACUGACAAUGUCUGAGGUCAUGUUUUGGAUCUAUCCGCUCGUUGGGUAAACUGUCACCCUCUGGCAGCAGAAUCACUUCAAAUCCUUCCUCGUUUUUUUUGUUUCUGUAGAUGUUAAUAGUAUUUAUUUUUAAAGUAUCUUGCAGUGUUGUGUUGCAUCACCUGCAAGUGACAAGCACACUUUUUGAGGGACUCCAGUGAAGAUUGUGUUAAACUUCCACCAGGCCAGCCAAUGAUGUAACUGAGCAAUGACUAACAUUUUCAGCAUUUUUUCUCUUGCUUCUUUUUACUAAUUGUAAAUACUGUACAUGCACUGGCUUCUUUUUUCUUACUGCAAUUUUAUUACCUGCUUUACGUAUCAAAUGUAUUUUCACAAUAAAACUGAUAACAAAGAGUCUUAAAGACA